AUGCUCCCUCUGCCAGGUGCUCCUUCAUCGUCCUGGGCUCUAUUUCGCCAAAGACUGGCGACCAUGUUUGAGGGCGUCGACAAACGUGUCGUUGGCUCAUUCUGGUUGUUCGGCCUCAUCAACAAUGUCCUAUAUGUGAUAAUUCUGUCCAGUGCACUUGAUCUCGUCGGUCCCGCUGUGCCAAAGUCGCUCGUCUUGCUCUUCGAUGUCGUCCCCUCUUUCCUGGUCAAGCUGACCGCUCCCUACUACAUCCAUCUUGUCCCCUACAACUUGCGCAUCCUAGCAUUCGUCGCCCUCUCUUCAUGUGGCAUGUUGCUUGUUGCUUUGAGUCCAUCUUCGACCGACCCCAACGCGAACAAUGGCUCUAUCUCUUUCAAGAUGCUAGGAGUGAUACUGGCUUCCAUAAGCAGCGGAGGAGGUGAACUCAGCUUCCUAGGUCUUACCCACUUCUACGGACCUUUCAGUCUGGCUGCUUGGGGCUCAGGAACUGGCGGUGCAGGCUUGAUCGGCUCUGGUGCAUACGUCUUGGCUACCACUGCCAUAGGCCUCAGCGUUCGGACUAGCUUGCUCGUCUUUUCCUUCCUACCUGUCAUCAUGUUGUUCAGCUUCUUCAUUCUACUGCCAGCCAAGCCCGAAAGUCACUCGUAUAUCGCAGCGGCCCAGGACGAUGUAGACCCCGACACCGAGUCACUUUUGAAUGACGCCGUCGAUGAGAAUCGUCUGCCUCCUUCUCCCAAACUCAGCCAGGGAUCUCAACCCAACGAGACAUGGCGCAACCUCAAAACUAAUUUCUUGCGAGCCAGGAGUCUCUUUUUCCCAUACAUGCUGCCUUUGCUCCUUGUAUAUGUGGCCGAGUAUACCAUCAACCAAGGUGUGGCGCCUACACUGCUGUUUCCCCUUGACCAGACACCCUUCGAACAUUAUCGCUCCUUUUACCCAACCUACAAUGCCAUCUAUCAACUAGGCGUUUUCAUAUCGCGAUCUUCGUUGCCAUUCGUUCGGAUCCAUGCGCUGUACCUCCCUUCGCUUCUGCAGUGUCUUAAUCUGGUGAUCCUGGCAGUUCACGCCAUGUUCCCCUUUCUACCCAACAUAUGGUUCGUGUUUGCAAUCACAUUCUGGGAAGGAUUGCUCGGAGGAAUCGUCUAUGUAAGCACAUUCCGCAGAAUUGGAGAGGAAGUAGCAGAGCACGACAGAGAAUUCAGUCUUGGUGCAACGUCAGUGUCAGACUCGGGUGGAAUUUGUAUCGCAGGCUUCUUAGGUAUGGCAGUCGAAACAGGGUUGUGCGGAUGGCAAGUGGCGCAUGGGAGAGACUGGUGUACAAGACUGUGA